UCUAGUGGAGGAAGAGUGACAGACAGUGUGAGGGCACUGCACACCAUAGUGGAGGAAGAGUGACAGACAGUGUGAGGGCACUGCACACCAUAGUGGAGGAAGAGUGACAGACAGUGUGAGGGCACUGCACACCAUAGUGGAGGAAGAGUGACAGACAGUGUGAGGGCACUGCACACCAUGCUCCUCUAUAUGGUGGAUCCACACUGAGCUGCUGCAGAUUCUACAGAGGAAGUCUUGGGCUUUGUUCUCUCUCCAGGGAAAUUGCCGGCAGCCAGCACGGGACUGUGUUCUUUUCUAUAUGGUUAUCUUCUGAGAGUGCUGGGGAAGACCAAAUCUCCAUCUCGACCUUUAUGAUCCAUCUGGCUCACCCUCCUGCCUGGUGCUGGGACCAGAGAAGAUGAAGUUCAUCCUCCGGGUGUGACCUCCAUACAGCCUCUAGUCAUAACCCUCAUGCAUUGGGUCGGAAUGGAUAAACAUGUCCUGUCUCUUCUACAACUUUUCGUGUCUGUGGUUUGUGGAUCUCUUGAAAAGGGUUUCAUCAAAAUAGAGCAUAAGGGUAGAGAAAGUGGAUUACAACACCCUGUACUUAACUGCAAUGAAACAGUUAUGAUGGACUCUUUGCCUAUAUGUGGGGACCUAUUUGAAAUGCUCAUGAUAAAAGUGGAUCCAAGCCAGUGGUGCAACCUGACUAAAAUUAUCACGUAUUAUGACACACUCUCAAAUUGUGCAGAGAUAACAGCUAGAAAUGGAAACUGCUUUUGGCCCAACAACUUGGCGGAAAGAUUUAUCAUUGGAAUCCACACCAAAUUUUUUGCAAACUGUACUUUAGACACAGUAAUAUUGGAAGAUCCCCCGGAUGACAUUCUCACAGCUCUUAUUUUAAUUCCUGUCUUCUUGACAGCAGCAAUGAUCAGUUUAGUGGUUUGGUGCAGUAAAGGAAGUGAUAUUUUUGGAUGAACCAAUUUCUGUGAAAUUUGGAAAAUGUUGUAGAAAGCAAAGAGAAGUACUAAAGGAAGAACAGCCAUUUAAAGACCAUACAUUAAUAAUCAAAUGCAUAGAAAAUGUAAUGUGAUGUUGAACAUGUGCAUCUGUGAUAUUCCGACCUAUACAGGACAUAACAAUGGUCUAUGAAGGUAGUAGAAAUGUCUUAUUUGCUUACUGUUGUUUUUCAGUAUACUUGGUUCUUUUUUCUGAACCAACUUUCUUCUCUACAAAGCACUACCCUUCAUGUACAGCUGGAUUUCCAGGGUUGUGUCUAUUGCGGUGUUAUUUUAUUCCCUUUGCAGCAGAUAUGUUUUAACAAGGGAGAAACAAUGACUCACGGCUGGAUGACUGGACAACAGAUGUUAAUAUCAAUCAUUGUCCUUAUGUAGACUAUUGUAACAGGAUGUGUAUUGUAUUGUGUGUUUUUUGUAAGACCUUAACAGUUACAAUAUUAUAGAAUCAAACUUAAAGGCUUGUUUUGUAAGCAGACUUUAUAUAUUUUUUAGGUUUUCCACUGCCAAUAAUACUACUAACUCAGUAAAUGGAAAGCAGCUACAAUGCUAUAUUUACACGGUGUAAAAUUAUUAGCAAAAGACAUCUGUAAAAUAGGAAUAAGAUAUGUCUAUAUUUUUGAGUUAAUAAUGUGCACAAUGAAAGUCUAUGGUCAACCUACUCUGAGUGCAAACAUUAUUUAGAAAAGCUUCACAAAUUCCAAUGUUGGAAUUUCAGAAAUUUUUUGUACGGUUACAGACACUUUAUCAUAUACUUUCACUGUGCACAUUAUUUGAUCAAAAAAUACAGACCUAUUUUAUUCCUAUUUUAGGUACAUAUUUUGCUAUUCACGAUGUGUAAACAUAGCACAAAUCUGCAAAUACGUUAAUUUCCAUAACAUUAAAAUUAUUGGGCAAUCCCCAUUUCUGCCCUUCAAGCAUCCCUGACCCAUUAAGGUGUGAGCUUCACAAGACUUCUGAAGAUGUAAUGAAUUCCAGGAGUCCAUAGACUUAAAAGUACAUAAAAGAGUGCCAGUUAAUGUAUAUUUUGCAUUUGUUUUUGGGCAAAAAUGAGGUGUGCUUUACUUGUUAUAAAACUAAAACUAGUGAUGUUUGCCCAUGCUAUUUGCCAUUGAAGUUUUGCAAGAAAUCUAUACAAUAUAUCUUUUUGAAAAGUAUGUAAAUGAAGAAAAAAGAAACAGGUCGGAGCUGUGAGUAUAGUUAUCCAAUGUGGAUAGCUGUUAAGUAGGUGUAUUGUAUUGUGAACUUCUUUUACAUUAAAAUUGGGUUUCCAUUCCUGUUUGACAACUAAAAUAGCAAAGUCUUCUACAAUCUUCUUUCCAUGAAAAAUACCAGAACCUGAUAUACAGUAAUCCAUUUUAAAGAGAAACUGACAGCUUGUUCACCUCACUAAACUUUAUAUACUCAAUUACAGUGCGGGUGAACAACUUUAAAAACAGAUGUCACUUACUUUAAUUGC